AUAUCGGCGUCGUCGCAGUGUGUUUUGCAACUAGUUCCGCUUCAACUCUCCUCUCCACUUUAUCACGAACCAGUGCACUAAAACUGUGUAAAAUUAACUCUUUUUUCUUUCCUUACCCCCAGUAUUGUUUACAGUAUAUGGAUAAUGACUCGCAACAUCACCCGGCAACUCCCACAGUAGAUUCAAGAACCGUUGAUUCAACUCGGACAAAUUAAAAAUGGAGCGCUUGAUUGUUGCGUUGUAGCCAUAGCAACCAACAUAAACGGUGCAUCUCAGUACGGUGACGCUGUUUUUUCACCCCCAGAGAAACACAAUGAUUUCCCCAGCUGAGUCUUUGCUGAAAUAUGAUGAUCCAGUUUUGCUGAGCAGAGGCACAGACAGGAAAUCGCCAAAGGCGCGUCCUUUGAGGGUGAGCAACGAGCAGCCUCCUGUCACCAGCUGUGUCCCCCCACCUCCCAAACCCAGAUCAGAUCACACCACCACGCAGCAACACCAGGAGAUCAUAGACGCCAUCCUCCCACCUAGGGAAUGGAUGGAGGCCAACCAGCUGUGGGUGCAGCAAGUGUCCAGCACACCUUCUACCCGAGAUGACGUGGUGACCCUGAGGGAGCUGCUGGAGUUGAAGAUGCAGCAAAGGCACGGCAGAGAGACAGGCAUCUGUCCUGUCCGCAGGGAGCUCUACUCUCAGUGCUUUGACGAGCUGAUAAGACAUGUGACCAUCAACUGUGAUGAGAGAGGUCUGCUGCUGUCAAAGAUGAGAGAUGAAAUUCAAAUUACUAUUGCUGUCUACCAGACGCUGCAUGAGAGCAGUAGUGCUUUCGGCAUGAAGAAGGCUGUGCAUGCUAAGCAUGGCAAGACUGACUUGGAGACAACUAUCUCUGACCUGGAGAAUGAGAACCAGGACCUGGAGAAGCAGGUGAACGAACAGAAGGCUGAGUGUGAGGCACUAAAGAAGAGGGAGACAGAGAGGCGACAGGUGGAAGAACAGAAUCACACACAAGAAAUUCAGUGUCUGACCAGAACCAUCCAGCAGAUGAAGGCCCAGCUGGAGGGAAUUAUUACCCCAAAGAAGUAACUUCCACAGCUAAGAGUCUAGUUGCUAUAUCCAAAUACAGAAUCAUAAAAUCGAGUCUGUUACCUUGUUUCUAAACAUA